GUCACAGGCGCGUCACCGCUGCAGUAGGAAGUGUAGAGUGUAUGGUGUUAGUGAGGUGUUAGUGAGUGAGUGUGAGUAUUAGUGUGUUGUUGUGAUUGUGGAGGAGCAGGUGGAGGAGAGAUGGAGGCCGCGGGGCGGGACAGCGAGAUUCUCUCCCUCAGAAACCGGUUUAAACACGACGCUGAACUCCUGCUGCAGGCCGUUACCGAGCAGGACGAGAAGAGUAAAGAAGUGAAGCCUCUGCCCCGGGUUAACCGGCACUCCGUGUUCUGGAUCCUGGCCUCCGUGGCUCUGACCUACUACGUGGAUUUCUUCACCGUUAUUCUGGAGAACUCUGAUAUUAAAAGCUGGUGGUUUAAUGUGGGUGUGGUGCUGCUGGGGGUGAGUGUGAGUCUGGCCGGGUUCUGUAUCGUUUAUCUGGAGUGGAUCAAAGGGAUCAAACACUACGAUCAGGAAUAUCCUGCUGUCCCUCCGAUCACCACCGCCGCCUUCAUCGCCGCCUCCUGCAGUUUUAACAUCGCUCUGUGGCCGGUGUGGUCCUUCCUGACUCCAGUGAUCCUCUUCACUCAGUUUAUGGGGGUGGUGAUGCUGAUUUCUCUGCUGGGAUGAGAUUCCUGCAGAUGGUGGAGCCGGAGAGCAGCAGGGGGGCGGAGAGCGGAGGGGGCGGAGUCGGGAACGCCGGCCGGACUGUUAUUUCGGAAUAACGUGGGAUUCCCUGUUUUAUAUUCGUAGUGUUUCUACAUUCCUUUAUUCCAGUGUAAAUUAUUUUAUACGUCUCUCAGUCAGUGACUAAUGACCUGAUGUAGCCUGUGGGCGGAGCUAUUUUCAAAUAAAAUCACUCCAAUUAUA